GGCAGCCUCCAUGCCACUCGUGAGAUCAGCUAGCUAGAAUGUUCUAGCGGAUUCAUGUUCUUGAGUUUAAAAGGGAGUUAACUUGUCUCAAGACGUUAUUGUGUUCAUUUACUCAACGGUGAUUUUAAGGACUCUUAAAAAGUGAAUGUCAUGGCAGAAGACAGACAACCCAGGAGAUAUCCUCGGAACCUUCAGGGUGUCAUGCAGCUGGCAGUGGAUGCUGGAUCAGCCGCAGAGGGACCUGCUCCCGUUGAACCCAUGUCAGAGGAGAGGAAAACAUGGUUGAGAGACGCUCUUGCAGAAGUCUGCAAAGGGCAGAUGGAUGAAGUGGAGCAGAUGAAGCAGUGCUUGGCCGUCUUACAGCAAGAGGGAUCGAGUGAAAGGGAGACAGAAGGAGAGGAUGAGAGGGAUGAAGAGGAUGAAGAUGAGCGUGAAUCAGCCUUUGAGAUGCUCUCAGAGUUGUGUGAGAACCUGGACAAUGCUAGAGACUUUAUGACUCUCUGUGGACUGGAUUUGUGCGUCUCCCAGUAUCUGUGUCAUGCCCAAAGUGGACUGCGGUGGCGUGCUGCACAGCUUCUUGCUUCCUGUGCCCAGAACAUGCCGCAGGUGCAGGCCCACCUGUUAAGCAUGGGGACACUGCCAAAGCUGCUGCAGCUGACAGACUCAGACCCCAACCCCACCGUCAGAGUAAAAGCCCUUUACGCAGUGUCAUGUCUGGUUCGAGAGCAGGAGGCAGGACUUCAGGAGUUCUUGUCCCAUGAUGGCUUUUCAGUGCUGAUGCGAGGCAUACAGUCGGACAGCGAGAAGCUCAGGACUAAGUCGGCGUUCCUUCUGCUCAACCUGCUGACGUCACAUCCCGAACAAAAAGACACAGUUGUCUCCAUGGGUAUGGUAGAGCAGCUGGUAUCUGUUCUUCGCACACCACACUCACCUUUUCAUGAACAUGUGCUUGGAGCCCUUUGCUGUCUGGUGGAGGACUGUCAGCAGGGUCUCAAAGACUGCAGGAAUCCUGCUCUGGGUUUGGAGGAAUUACUCAGACAGCGAUCCAGAGAGCUCCAAGGAAAAGAAGAGAGUCAGGAAGAACUGGACUUCUGUGAGCGUUUGAAGGUUAUGUGUUUUCGUGGGCAGCAAUCAGAUGACAAUGGGAUGGAUCGCUGAAGUCCGGUUUACCUCACCUGUUUUGGUAUCAGCGUGCAGAGAUGUAACACAACAUUCAAGAUCUGGAUCGUGAAUGUUAAAGCAACGUUUUUUGUCUGUCACAACAAAUGUAGUCCAUAUUUUGCAUGUCAUGCAGGAACUGGAUUUUUCUCUGUAAAUAACCUAAAUGUAUAAAAUACUUUUCAAGUUAGCUGUUA